AUGAAUAUUAGUUUAAGAAAAACUUUAUUAGAAAAGAAAGGUGUAUCCUUCCAUUUAUCACAAGCAACAUUAAUUGAAUAUUUAUCUGAGCAUUAUUACCUUGAAAAUAAUAAUAACAUCUUGGAUUAUGUUAGCUGGAAAAAGAAAUUUCCAAGUGAUCUACAAAAUUAUACUGAUAAUUUUUUUAAACAAACACAAUUUGAUAUUAUUUCUACCCAUAAAAUUUCUACUAUACAAAACAAAUUUGACAAAGAAUCUUAUUCACAGUCUCUUAAUACAUCUUGCAAAAUUGAAUGGCAGGAUGAAACAGAUAAUCAACUACAACCUCUUAAUAUUAAAAAUAAUUUUGAUUUAAAAAAUGAAAAUUUUUCUUAUGCUUUAGAAAACCAAUCCUUUGCAAAUCAUCAAAAUCAAGAAGAAAUAUUAGAUCUAAAUGAAAGGGUAUUAAGAUUGAAACAAAAAGGACUAUGGUCAUCUUCUCUAUUACCCAAAAUAGCAGAAAUUCAUUUUGACCACUCAACCCAAAAUUCUCUAAAUAAAGAAAUGUGUUGGAUGCAUCAUGAUUUUGAACAAGAAAAGAUUUGGAAAAAAUUACUAUUAGACAAAAUAUCUAAGCAAUUGAUUUCACUAUUUCCAUCAUAUUCCUUAUUUCAAUCAUUCACAUGCAACAAAUAUUCAUUUUAUCACUGUCAAAACAUUGCUAUGAUAAUAAAUAAUUUUUGGAAGGAAAUAAAAUCAUUGUUGUUACAAAUGGGAGAUGUUAAUUCAGUCAAGUUAAAACCUAUUCAUAAUUAUUGCAUUCAUUAUGCCAACACAUACUUAAAUGACACAAAGAAACUCAAAGAAAUUAACAAAUACUCAGAAAUUAUAAAUGAAUUACCGCUCACAAUUUCAAGAGAUGACCCAGAAUUAAGGAAAUCAAUUACGUCCAUCAACAGUAUCGAAGAUUUUCAAACGUACCCCACAGAAGCAGACGAUUCGUUCGAAGAUACUUAUUCGCUACAAACAUUUUCAGCGGAACAAAUAAUAAGUCAUCUAAUCAUGUCCGAUAAAAUCAAUUUCAAUGCCAAAGCCAAUAUCGAUUUAAAAACACCCCUAGAAAUAUUGGACGCAUUUUUGGAGGACGAAAUUGAAAACCGAACUCGAAUCAACGACACGUUGCUGAUUCACUCGAAUUAUUUUGAUUCCCCUCCUUGCUCCCUAUUUUUCGAUAGCGAAAAAGAAAUGGAAUAUUUGGAUAACCUUCCAUCGCUUCAAAUUGUCAAGCUCGAUAACGCUUACGCCGAUAAUUAUUACAACAGAAAUAAUUACUCCGCCGUGAUGGCUAACAAUAGCCCGCUAAUCUCGAAUACAUCGUUAACGCCGAUCUCUAUGCUAUCCGCCAACCUCAGUAAUCAAUCGUCUUCUUUAGGAGCUUCCCCCAAAAUCAAUGUGUUUUCUUAUCAAACUCUCGUCCCCUAUUUUUCGCCCGUCGCUUCCCACAAUAAGAUGACGAAAAAUGCGCUUAAAUUUCACAAUAAUCAAGUCGAAAGGGAAACCUUUAAUUCCAGCAACACCAUUUCCGGUUCUUCUUCUGCCCUUAAUUCUCAGGUUACACCGGUCAGUGGCAACGCGAGCGCGAAUAGUUUUAAUAGCUCUGCUAGUAGUAAUAAUUGGUUGAUCCACGAAUCUUGGAGCCUCAUCAAUGGUAUAAAAUACCUGCAAGGUUUUAGUCUCAACAUAAUCAUAUCGACCCCAGCUCAUUCCCCUAAUUGGGAUUUUUCCUCCGAAUUCGUGAAUUCCGUUUCUUGCAAUUACAAAUCGGCCAAGGAGUGCAGGACCCAUUACGAAAACGUUGUGUUGGUAAGAGAGAGAAGUUUUCAAAUGAGCAAUAGCAGCGGCAGUAAUAGUAAUAUGAGCGAUUUUACGGGAAGUUCGCAACUUAGUCAAAGCGUGAAGCGACAAAAAGUCAGCAAACAACAUCAUGCCAAUAAACAAGAGAGUAAUACUAUCAAUACUUACAAGGCCUUCACGCAGGAUAAAUACAAUUCCUACCGAAGAUACAUAACCGAGAAAUUUGACAACGUUCUCAAGCACAAAAUUCCGUCUCAUCAACUAUUUCCAAAUAAGGUAGAAAGUUCAAAAUCGGCUGAUGCAAAUGGAUUCCAGUUUACUAAUGCUAAUAGUAGUAAUAAUUUAUGGAUGCAUACUCUGUACAACUAUGGGAUCAAUUACAAUGUACCUUUAGAUCCCCUGACCUUGAUCAAGGCUAAAAUGGAUAGAAUCAACAGGGAAAAAAAGCAUCUACAGAUACAAAACAAAAGUAUCAUAUCCGAGCUCUCCAUGAUUCCCCCAGCUCAGCAAAAGGGCAACAAAUUUAACCUCCACCAAAGUGCAUCCGUCGAUUGUGGAGUGACUACAGUAGAUAAUCACGCUCCUUACCCCGAAAACAAAUACAUAUACAAGAUUUUAUCCAAUAAUAAUAAUAAUACCUGCUCAUCUUUAAAUUCUUUCUCGACCGAUACUAUUACUCCCAACGACAUUAAUUUUUCUAACAUAAACAAGGCCCGCGACUAUUUAUUUGUCCAACAAGGUCACAAUAUAGUAUCUCACUCCCCGCAAGAUUCCGCGUCUAACAACGAGAAUAGUAACCUAAAGAGUCUAAGUAAUUUCGGUAGCUUGGAUAACUCGCUGCUUUUAUCCCAACACACUAAAACUACUCCUCUUUCUCUCUUUAAUAGACUUCAAUCCGACCCUACUUCGAACCCUCUGUCAUAUCCUAUUACCACCGGUAUUGGCCCCAAAAGGCGCAAUAACGUUAAUAACAGAGCUAAACAAAACCCUAAUAAUAAUAUCAGACCAUCAUCUCAAGCUAGAUUACCGUCAAACAUUCCUUCACCUUACUAUCUUCAAUCAUCAUUCCCAUCGGCUAAUGAUGAAAUUACCCUCUUAGACAGCGGAUUAAAUACUCAAAAAUAUUUUACCACCUUAGACCCUGGCGAAGAAGCAAAUAAGCUAGAUGGUAACCCCUUGUCUUCUCUACCUUCUUCUAUCUCAUCACUUUAUCAAAGAAACGCCCCUUUUAAAUCCGGCUCAAUCAAUUUCCUUAGCCAAGAUGAAUUGGCAAAGAUAGCGAUCGGAGACCUUCAGGGAACUAAUAUCGUGAAUGCCACCAAAUCUGGAAACUCAUCUAUGAGGGGAGGCGGCUUGCAAAGCACUAUACUCCAAUCACAUCAAAUGAAUCAAUUGUCUAAUAAGACAAAAUUAGUAACGUGCCCUAACACGAGUUACCCCAGUAACAAUAAUACUAACCUGAAUAUCAAUCUAAAUAACAACGUUCUAAGUAUCAACCAACAAGCAGCUAUAAAAAAUUCUCUAGGAUUUUUUAACCUCAUACAAAUCAAUAAUAAUAAUACCAACGUUAGCAACAGCUGUGUUAAUCAAAAUUACACGGAUAACGUUAGCUCUUACGUGGUUAAUAACACAAACUUUACUACGAAUAACGCUAAUCAAACAUCUACCAAUUUUACUAUAAAUUCGCCUCAACAACCCCACCCUAAUAAUAUCAUUCUCCUGGGUGGGGAUUUGAAUCCUUCCUUCAAUACCCAUUUUCCGAAUCAAAAAAUAUAUAUAACGUUGAAAUCUAUGCCGAGCAUCAUCAGUAAUACAGAUUUGGCUUCUAACAUAAAUAUAAUUCCGAAAUGUUUUUCACAGAAUAUUACAGAAACGCUAUGAUACAUCCAUUUAUAGCUCCCUUUUUACUAUGAAUAUUAUUAAAUGAAUCGAAA